CAGCAGCAAAGAGACCGCCUUGAAGAGAUCAAAGAAGCCUUCAACAACAGAAGAGGAACCCGAGGUUGGGGAGCCUCCAGCUGCAUCAUCUUCGAGUGUGGUUGUUCCUUCAGAAUCUCAUCGUGGUAUCAUCGACAAGACAGCAUUGUUGGUUGCAAAGGGUGGUGAAGGGUACGAAGAUCGAAUCUUGCGGGAACAGGACCAUAGCAGAUUCUACUUCCUAAAGCCCGGUGACGUGCAUCGACCCUACUACGAGCAGAAGCUGGCUGAGUGCCGUGCUCGCAUUGCUCUGGCAUCGGGCACAGCAAAGGCUUCUGCUCCUGUGGAGCCGGAACGCCCUCUUGUGGCGUUAGACUACCACCACACCAUCGAGUUUAACCAGACGGUGAGUGAAGUAACAGUGCAGCAUUUGCAGGAUAUACAGCGUUGGGGAUACGAUCUCACAAUUUGCAGUUUCUCCUCAAACAGCACGACCCAGGAGCUGGAGUUGGUAGUGGUGGAGCUCCGAGUGUUAUUCCUGUUGAGGGUUAUUGCAACCUUGCGCAAGGAGGACCAAGGAUUCAAGGUGGAUACAUUGUACCUACUGCUAAAGGCACAGGUCAAGAAGAA